AUGGGCAACACCACUUCUGCCCCUCGCGGGCCGACCGAUGACGGACAGUUGGAAGAGCUCGGGCACUCGAGAAGUGGCACACAGAUACGAAUUAUUGACGGUAAUCCUGAUGGCAACAGCUCGCGCCUUGCCGGAAGAAAUACCAACUCACUGAGAGUCGCUGGACAUAGAGCCAGUACUCUUUACGACACUUUCCGACGCCAUCGAUCAGCCGAAUCAGUGACCUCGCGACCGAAUGCAGGACAUCCGUCGCCAUCCCUGGAUGAACACGAGUAUGAGCAAGAGAACAGACCUCUGGUGGGAGUUGGAGAUAUUGAUACGGCAGAAGCGACCCCAGAACAUAUUGUUCCCGGACACGCGUCUCGAAGACGAUCCGCAAUGUCGAGACUUGGGUCACGACUUCUGCCGGAUUCUGUCGUAAGGGGGGUGUUAAACAGUGGUGAAGAAACUUUGGAGGAAGGCCGCGCGCUACGAAAUGGAGCGUCAGAACAUUCACGAGCCUCAGUCUACAACCGACCGCUAAAUUCUGCAGCCAACAAUGGGCUAUCCGCUACCGGUUCCUUUGGAAGACGUGAAUAUCGCACAUAUUCUAGACGACGAGCCAUCCGAGGCCCAUUCCCGAUCUUGCAAAACAUUCAUCCGCCUCUCGACUCACACAGUCCCCGGCCUGAAUCAUUUGAUGGCGUUCGGGAUGUACCAGCGCCCACGAUCAGCCCGCUUCGGCAUCGCAACAGAUUCAGCCGUGUCCGUGAUUCGAUUUCCAUAUCCUCUCGAAUCUCUAGCCUGUUUGGACAUUCCACAGAUCAACUUCAGUCCAGCCAAGGAGGGCCGGAGUCCGCGGUUCGACCCGGGGGGGUCACCUUUGCCGACGAAUCUGAUCAUUUACUUCCUUCACUCCAAUCUAGUGACCACCGUCUCGAUUCUGACGAUACUCCUCACGAAUUGGACGCAGUUGAGCCCGAAACUCGAACUCUCCUGGCCGCUCCCCGUGUUACUUCGGGCAUGAGUACAAUUAGACGAUUCCAGCCGGGUCUUCGCUCCCGGUCGACCCGACUCAUACGAAGAGGAGAACAUCCACCCCUAUCGCAGGUUCUGCAACUCGCGGCGGCAGCUAUUGCAGCUCAGCUGUCCGGCCACGCUGCUGGCGGCGCUUCUGGUGGGCGUCAACUUGGUGGCGACACAUUUGAUGGGAGUAUUCAGAACUUUGUCCAGACACUUCAAGACGCGGCAACAGCACAGGCGGGAGAGAGCAUUGACAUGAAUGCAUCGGAUGGAGACCUUCCUCCGGUCAACUUUAUGCGAGUGUUCCAAUUUCCCAAUGAUGAGAAUGGCUCUCCGAUCGCGUCGCAAGCACGGUCUCGGGACGUUGAUCAAAUGGAAUUGGACUCUAUCGCUGGGCCUGGUGAAAACGACCGAUCCGUAACCUUGGUUUUGGUCGGUGUGAGAUCGUUGCCUCAUGGUCAGGACAGCACUAAUGGAGAAAAUGGUACUCUCGGGCCCAGUCUGGACACGCUUUUGAGCCUCCCAUUCUUACCACCUGCCAAUAUUCUGCGAAACGGAAGCUCUGGAGCCUUGUUUCGCCGCUCGGACGGAAGAGCACGUUCAAACCCUCGGCGACAUUCGAUGACCAACUUUCCUGCACAGUACGAAAGUCAGCGGCAUCAGCGCACACGGACACAGACGGCCCGGUCGUCGACCAACUCUGAUCAGGCUGUGCCAUCUACGCCUGAAGCGGGCGAGGCAUCGCACCUGGUCUCGGAAACCCCCCCGGGGCCACAUCCUCCCCCUUCAACUCCAGCUGCUAUUCGGAGUGGCCAAGCAUCACCGAUUCGUCGCCCAUCAUCGGCAUCAGCGGCACAGAACCCAACCGUUCCCGAACUAGAUGAAGACCAUCCACGACAAAAUCUUGAUGAUACGGCACCAGAGACCUCGUUCAGCGCAGCACGGCAGAGGAGACGAAGUGAUUCGGAAUUUGCUCGCCGGCCCGAGCUCGGUUCUGGUGCUGCGAGGCGGAAUGGAGUGGUGGAACCUGAUCAUCCCCCCGUAGGAGCUGGACGAAGUUGGCUGAUCUAUGUUGUUGGCACGAAUGUCUCGCCCGAUCACCCUGCUUUCACCAUGCCCAGCUUGUUUACCGAUAAUCCUUCCUAUGAGGAUAUGCAGAUGCUGUCAACUCUUCUGGGGCCGGUCAAGCCCCCCGUGGCGACACAGGAAGACGUUAAUUCCGCUGGCGGGCUGUUUCGUCUGGCGGUCCAAGAAACCGGUUUCAUGGGUGAUCCUAUUUCAGAGGGCGACAGCUCUUCAUUAAUUAUCAGUCCAGGGGAGCGAUGUCUCAUCUGUUUGUCUGACUAUACAGCGCUAGAGGAAGUGCGGCGUCUCGACAGGUGCCACCAUGUGUACCAUCGCGAGUGCAUUGAUGAAGUGAGUAUUGUCUUGACGGGAUAA